AUGGCGGCUGUUGCAGAUGAUACACUUUCGGCGCUUAGCGUUGUUUGUUCAUAUGGUGUUAAGAGACUUCAGGUCAAUGUUGCACUUCCAGAGAAUGAGACAGAUGGGAACCUCACAUGCAGACACCUUUUUAAUGCUAUCCAGGAAGCCUCAGGAGUUCCUGUUGACAGACAGAAAUUAAUUUUCAAAGGACGAUCUCUGACAAAUUCUGAUGAGUUGCUUUCAAAUCUGAAUAUGAAAAAUGGCUGUAAACUGAUGCUGAUGGCCAAACCUAAGAAUUCUGUAAUAGAAUCACCUGACCAGAAGGCCUUGACGGAUAUUAAUAAUUAUAUUGAAAAGCAGGAAAAAAGCUUACAGGAAGUUUCACGCUAUGUAACUGGGUUGAACCAGGAAAAUGUUGAAGAUAUUGAUUGGAAGAAAAUUGCCGAUCAGUUGAAGGUUGCUGAUGAGACACUGAUGCAAAUGCUUGAGAAACUUGACGGGUUAGUUUUGUCUGCAGAAGCCACAGACUCUCGAAAUCAACGAAAAGAACUUGUUACCAAAAUUCAGACUCUUUUGAAAGAAUGUGAUAGGCUCUCUCAUCUUAAUAAGAACUCCAUGAAAUAA